AUGUCGCUCUCCGAAGAUAAAGACCGCGAGAUCAUGCUUUUUGGAGUGAGAAUGAAAGUCGGGAAGAGCGGCCGUGCCCAACGAAGUCCAUGGACAAAGGAAGAGCACAAGCAAUUCCUUAUUGGAUUGCAGAAGGGUUGGAAAGGAGACUGGAAAGGAAUUUGUGAGCAUUUUGUCAAGACUCGCACGCCCAUUCAAGUCAAAUCUCAUGCUCGGAACUACUUCACAAAACUCAAUUCCCGGCGCCACCAUGCUCAAUCGGUUGCUGCAAGGCCCAUGGAAGAUGCUAGAAACUUGCAACAGAUCCCGGCUAAGCCAGUUGCCCGGCCAGCCUCCGUGCCUCUGCAAGUGACAUCCAAUGCCAAUGUAUGCACAACCACCGUUCCACUCCCUCUCACCAAUGCUCAUGCUCAACCAUCAAUGCAAGCUCAGAAUCCAUUUGAAAACUCUCAAAAUUUCCUUGUCAACAAUUCAUUGCCAAUCUACGUUCCUCGUCUUUCCUCUCAAGCCAUCGCCAUUAAUGUUGUUCCAUCCACGGCCCAGGGUCAUUCGCGGUUCCAGGUCAUGUCUGCCUACGAUAAUAAUGGAGAUAACAUCCUAGUGUUGCUUAAGAAAUAUAGAGUGAAUUGA